UACUAAUUACCUAUAUUUACAUUUCGUCAAGGUUAUUUAUUUAGAUGCAAUAAAGAAAAUCAAUAUUACUACAUCUUAUCGUAUAAUACAAAACAUUUUAAAAGAUAUAUAAUGGCAUUUGAAAAAUUUGCAAAAUUUCGUUCAAAUUCUCUACCUAAAAACAAGAAUAAAUCUAAUUCAAACUUUAAGCAAAAAAGUGUAAAAUAUCCAUUCUGCCAUAAUCCCAAUAUUCAUCACCCACCUGGUUAUACUAAUAUAAUAUCACAGGGGAAACCUAUUGACAGACAAUAUAAUUUAUCACAGCCUAAUCAAACUAAUAUAGGUGUUAGGAGAGGAGAUAUUCCAUCUGAACAUAUUCACCACCAUCACCAUGAUAGACAACAUGCUCAUCAUCAUCACCAUAAUAUAGAAAAUGAAUCAUAUCCCAUAAAUUACUCAAACCAAGAAGCUCCAAAUCGCCCACAUCAUCAUAAUCAUCAUCACUCCCAUUCACCUGGGCACCAUCACCACCAUCAUCAUCAUAGUCAAAGUGUUCCUCCAAGACAGCAAAUAAUUAGCAAGCAACCCACCCAAUAUCUGAGUAAUCAAUACCCUAACUAUUAUAAUAAUAAUAAUACACAAACUCCUCAAUAUAUAGACUGCAGUAAUCUUGGUUACAUAAAUAACAAUCAAACCCUACCCCAAGACCCACAAAAUUUGCUUAUUACCUCUGACACUAUUAUAACUCCUAUUGUCAAAAACGUUAAUCAGGAGGUCCCUAUUGUUAAUGACACUGCUGAUAAAAAUAACUUUUACACUCAUUACCGAGAUAGGACAAUUUAUGGUGUAACAAAUAAUCUUCAAAAACCUCACCAACCAUUUGCUGCCAAUAAUGGGAGUCGUCAUAUUAACACCAGUCUUGACAGAAAAGACAAAAGUGAACCAGUUCUUAGAGAAAAUUUGAUCCCAGAUUCUAAGACUGUUGAUACAUAUGUUUAUAGAACAAAUUCUUCCACAGGUAAAACUGUUGUAACCAUAACAGAUUCUGAAAAAACUUUUUAUUUGCCAUCCCACCCUGUUGUGCAGACUAGUUUUAAUCCAUCUUAUACUCAUACUCAUAGAAGUAAUAAGGAGUUGUUUGAAAAAGGCCUUACAAUUCCCAUAACUAUGGUAGGAGAUCGAGAUACUCAACUAACUGAUCAUAAAUCCAUACCCAGACAUGAUUACUAUCCUCAAGACAAUAAAUAUGAUAGCUACCACAGAGUAGACUCUAAUAAAGACUCUGCUCAUUUGGGAGUCGCUGAUCUCAAAAGUGAUGAUUUUUAUUACUACGAAAAACAUGCAGCCCAACACCAAAAUGGAUAUCCCCCUUCUCACAAUCAUACCAACAAAAGUCCAUCUUCACCCCCAAAUUAUGACACUUAUUCUAGGGUCAAGAGUCGAGAAAUAGAUGGAAGCAGAGAUUAUUUUCACCAAUAUCCUGUUUAUGGAUCUUUUGAAUCCAAGGUUGAAGAUGUGCCUUCUAAUGAUGUUCACAGACAUCCUUUAGAUGACAGCGGGUUUGCAGACAGAAGCACUGAUAGCAGCCACCAGGAGUAUCAGGCUAAAAAUCAAACUCAUCUCCAUGAUAUUUUUGACGAUUCAAAAAACUUGAAAAAUUCUAAUUACCCAACCCAAAAUUCCACCAAAUCUAAUGAUAAUGAAUCAAAUGCAAGUGGUAGGGUUAAAUCAGCAGAUCGUUUUGAAUCCUAUACUCCAGACACAGUUUUAACGUCAGAAGAGAGAGAGGCUAUGGUUCAUUCUUUCCGAGAAAUGAACCUAAAUAGUUCUAAAUACCUUGAUAAUGUUAAACCUGCCUCAUUUACAAACCAAGCCCUGAAAGGGAAAAGGUAUGGUAGCAGGGAUACUUUCAGGGCCAGGUUAGAUCUCACUCAUUUUCGGCGAAACGAGAUAGAGGCCAAAGUUGUGUCAGGAAAUAGGGUCAUAGUCAAAGCUGUUCAUGGGGAUAGGCCCGACAGCAUCAAUACGAAACAUGACAAUAACAAAAACUUAGGCUUAGGCCAUACUGAGGGUCAGAGGGUCAUGACCAAGAGAGAGUUUUUUACUUCUUACACCCUGCCCCCAGAUUGUAAAUGCGAGGAACUCAAGGCCUUUUUCACCAGGAAGGGCUACCUCGUUAUAGAAUGCCCUAGGAUUGUUAAGGACAUUAAGAACGACUAUUUCUACACCGAGAUUGAUACUAGCCAGGGCAGAAGGAAUGACAGGAUGGAUAGAGACUUGCAAAAUAUAGGCGGAGCCAAUGACGAGAGUCUUCUUAUUUAUAUAACAUAAUUAACUUCUUUUUUUUAAAAAUAUAUUUAUAUUUAUAUUUUAAUUAAAUAAUUACUUGAUCUUUUUUACCAUUAAAUUUCGAAAAUCAGAAAAUCGAUUUCUAAUUAAAAAAUUUUUUUUUUGAUAAAAAUGGAAUUUAAAUUGUGAUUUCAUAUCUUUUAAAUUUCAUAUCUCUUCAUGCCUUUUUUUAAGUUGCGGACUUAUUCGUAAAUAAAAAAUUUCCAUCCAUCUUUAGUCAAUAUAAUUUAUUUUUUUUUUAUAAUAAAUGACCAAUUUGGUUCCAAAUUUUUUGGGCCAAAUUCAUCAAUCAUUAUCGUUUAAAAUUUGAAAUUUGUAAUAAUAUAAUUUAGAUUUGUAUUUAUAUUUAAUAACGGGUGUAAAUUUAAAAAAGAAAAAUAAUGCAAACCAUAUUGAUAAUUAAUAUAUCUAUUUUUAUAGUACAAAUUUAUAAUUAUAAUAUAAUACCUAUUAUAACUUAUCUACUCGAAAUAUUUAUUAUAAGCGCUUAUUAUAUUUU